CCUGCUUCUCGCUUUAUUGGUGACCCCCGACUUUUGGUCAUUAUCCGGUGAGUUUUCGCUAACCUUUCUUUUCAGAUUUGGCCACAUUUUUUCGCUAACCCGUCUGAUUUUCACUUUUCAUUUUCCGGUUUAAUCUCGCUGGCUCGCUAUUUUGCUCGCUAUGGAAACUGAUCGCGUAGAUUCUGACGUUCAGAUCGGCACAGUUACGCUUCCUAUCGCACCUUUUCGCGAGACUAAUCCUAAGUCUUGGUUUGGUCAGCUAGAGUCGCAAUUUUCUUUGCGUGGUAUUAGGUCCGAAAAGACCAAGUUCCACCUUGUCGUUUCCGCGCUUCCGCUAAAUGUCAUCGAUGACAUUGAUGACAUUCUAGAUCUUCCUGACGACCAAAAGACUUACGAUGCAGUCAAGACAGCUGUUCUGAGAAGAACAGGCUUAUCCGAUCGACAACGAGUUACGAAACUCCUCAACGAAACCGAUCUUGGCGAUCUUAAGCCGUCUCAGCUGCUUCGAAAAAUGCAGAGCCUAGCUAAACCCACUUCGAUAGAUGAUUCUUUUCUUCGGGAAAUGUGGUUGCAACGACUUCCGCGCGAGAUGCUACACAUCCUCUGCGCUAGUGAGGAUGCACCUUUAUCCAAACUGGCCGAUACAGCCGACCGAAUUUGGGAGUCGUACGGCCAGGUUUCGCAGGUCCAGACGAAACCGGACGACGAUAUCGCCACGCUUAAAUCCCAGAUGGCAACAUUGACUCGACAAUUCGCAGACUUUUCGGCCUCCGGACAUAACCGCUGUAAAUGCUCUAGGAGCCGUUCGCGUUCACGUUCGAACUCUCCUUCGCGAUCACCGAAUAGAAACGGUUACUGCUGGUACCACGAACGAUUCGGCCAGCAAGCUAAAUCAUGUCGCCCGCCCUGUUCCUUCAAACGACAGCAGCAGGGAAACGGGCGGACCAGCACAACCGGAGUUCGCUAUCUCGUCGAUACUGGCGCAGAAGUCAGCGUUCUCCCGCGUGAUCCAAACGACCCGACCGAAAAGGUGACUAGCUCAUUGCGCGCAGCUAACGGGACCAUUAUCCGCGUAUAUGGUCAACGCUCGCGCACGCUAAAUCUCAGCCUCCGACGCGCUUUCAAAUGGAUAUUCCUCGUUGCGGAUGUUCAAACGCCUAUCCUUGGUCUCGACUUCUUACGUCAUUACGACCUACUCGUCGACGUUAAGCGACACCGUCUAGUCGACCGCCUUACGAAUCUCGCAGUCAUUGGGACUUUGACCGACACCGCGUCAAUCAGUCCCGUGUACGCGACUCAACUUAGUUCACCCGUCGGGCAAACGCUGCUCGAUAGUUUUCCGCAGGCCUUCCGUCCUGCCGUCCCGUUGCCUUCCGCAACCGACGCCGCGACACAUCACAUCGUUACGAAAGGUCCGCCUGUGUUCGCAAAAGCCAGGCGCAUGACCCCCGACAAGCUCAAAAUUGCACGCUCCGAAUUCGAGCACAUGCUAGACUUAGGCAUUAUUCGCCCUUCUAAGAGCCCGUGGGCGUCGCCUCUACACAUGGUGCCUAAAAAGUCAGGAGACUGGCGUCCAUGUGGCGACUAUCGCGCUCUCAAUAACACUACCGUCCCUGACCGCUAUCCGAUUCCGCACAUUCAGGACAUCACGGCUAGCCUACGUGGCGCCCGUGUGUUCUCGAAGAUCGAUCUGGUUCGCGCUUACCACCAGAUCCCUGUAGCCGAGGAUGACAUUCCGAAAACCGCAGUCAUCACGCCUUUCGGACUUUUCGAAUUCUUGCGAAUGCCCUUCGGUCUUCGCAACGCAGCUCAGACUUUUCAACGCUUCAUAGACUCUGUCACGAGAGGUCUCGACUUUGUUUAUCCUUAUAUAGACGACAUCUUAGUAGCUAGUUCUUCCGAAGAACAGCACGCGGAGCACCUCAAGAUGCUUUUCGAGAGGUUAGCCUCUAAUAGCAUUACUGUCAACGUUGACAAAUGCAUCUUUCAGCAACCAUCUAUCGAAUUUCUUGGUCAUCGAAUUGACCAGCAAGGCAUACGGCCGCUCGAAGACCGAGUCAGCGCUAUUAAGGACUUUCCCGUUCCGACUACUUUGGCCGCCAUCCGCCGUUUUAGUGGGAUGAUCAACUACUACCGUCGAUUUCUGCCACGUUGUGCCGACUUGCUCAGUCCAUUGACCGACUUACUUCGUGGACGCUAG